AUGAAGAAAGAAGAAGUUCAAGAAAUAUUUUUAAAAAUUAUGAAAGAGGAAGAAGAUGUAUCGGCUGGCGUUGCUGCUAUUAGGACACUACUACUUGUGAUUGAAAACUAUAAAGUGACAACAGUUAGAGAGCUGGAUCUGAACCUGCAGUUGGCUGUAGAGGCUAUGAAGCACUGUGACCAACCUGUUACUGCCAUAUCAUCAGGGUGUGAACUCUUUAUGAGAUUUAUUACAUUUGCUAAACUUGAUGUAAAGUCAUUUGAAGAAUGUGAACAGAUAAUGCUUCAGCGAGGUCAUAUAUUCUUGAAUGAACUUUUAGAAGCUAGAGGCAAGGUUGCCAAACAAGCAAUGGCAUUUAUUAGAGAUGGAUGUAAAAUAUUAACUCACUCUUUAUCUAGAGUUGUACUACAAGCCAUGUCAGAAGCAGCAAAAACAAACAAAAGGUUUAAAGUUUAUGUCACCAUGUCCUGUCCUGACAACAGCGGUGAGCUAAUGCACAAACAAUUAGUGGCGGCUGGUAUCGACGCUACGUUAAUACUAGACUCUUCAGUGGGUUAUAUCAUGGAACAAGUUGAUAUCGUAAUGGUCGGAGCUGAAGGAGUUACGGAAAGUGGAGGCAUCAUUAACAAGAUCGGCACAUAUACAAUAGGAAUGGCAGCCUUAGAAUUGAAGAAACCCGUCUACGUUUUAACAGAAAGUUUCAAGUUCUCCAGAAUAUACCCCUUAAAUCAAAAAGACUUACCCAACGAAUUCAAAUAUCUAUCUAGCGUGCUGAAAUCUGGCAAAGAUUUAUCUAAACAGCAUCCAUUAGUAGAUUACACUCCACCUGCGUAUAUAACUUUGUUGUUCACUGAUCUAGGUAUACUAACUCCUUCUGCUGUAAGUGAUGAGCUUAUAAAAUUGUAUUUGUAA